AUGCUCUAUCAACAUCGUCAAGCCACCACCACAUCAACUACGAACAAAACACCUCCACAAUCACGUGGUGGCCACUCUCAACAACAAUUGAUUCCUCAUACCAAUCCGAAUGCGAUGGAUACUACAUGCUCAUCUCCAACCAUCUCCAGUGAUAGCGGAAACAAUGAAAGUCAGGAUAGAUCAUCCUCCUCUCUGGAGAACAGUAGUGCAUCUUCCUCUUCCAACCUCUUGAUUACAGCCAGUGGUAUUGAUGGAAGUGAAGAAGAUGGCUGCAUGUUCCCGAUUGAAGUUAAUGAUGACACCAAUAAUCAACAACAACAGCAUCAUCAUCAUUUUAGGAGAUAUAACAACAACAAUAUUUCGAGAUCUAACAACAAUGGUAACAGACCAUCAAACAAGUCAUCAAACCGAUACUCGCCACGAUAUGGAAACAAACGGAACAAUGGACCUAAUGCCUCACUAAACAACAACAACAAACAAUACACAAAGAGCCCAAGAUCGAGAUCUUACAUUGAUUUCGAGCAGUUCCAACAACAAAAUCAGCAGUUAUUUGAAUCUCACGAACCUCGUCACAGAUAUGACUAUUUGGUUAUUAUUGACUUUGAGGCCACCUGUGACACUGGCUUAAAUCCAACAAUCACGAGAGAUAAUCAAGAGAUGAUUGAAUUUCCUUUCGUGGUCGUUGACUUAUCAACAGCUGAAAUUAUUCACAAGGAACGCUAUUAUGUCAAGCCAACCAUGACCACAUCAUUAACACCUUUUUGUGUGCAAUUGACCGGAAUAACAGACGAAAUUUUACAAAAAGAAGGUAUUUCUCUGGAGGCUGCUCUUCAAAAUUUCCAUUACUAUAUCAAAGACACCUUCUUAAACACAGGAAAAAGCUUUUGCAUUCUGACUGACAGUGAAUGGGACAUUAAGGGGCUGUUAAUCAGGGAAGCCAAAACAAAAGGCAUUUUCUUCGAACCUUACUUUAGAACCUUCUAUGAUUUAAGAAAAGAGUAUGUGAAGUGUUAUCCCUACGCAAUUGUGCGUGGUCUUAGAUCAAUGGUUGAACAAUCACGAAUUGAUUUCAUUGGUAGACACCAUUCUGGCCUCUGUGACUGCUUUACUAUUGCAGAAAUUGUGAAGAAAUUGUUAAACGAUGGCCAUAUUUUCGACGAACCAGUUACUGUUUCAGAAUAUUAUGAUCCAUUUAGGGAUAAUACUUUUGGUGAAUUUAUUCAAUCUUACCGACCACUUUUAAACACUCAAGAUUACUUGGAAAUCGAAGCCUCUCUUUCUCCUAACAGAAGAAAUCGAGCUCUCUCACAAUCAAUGAAUUCUAGUCCAAUGACUCCAUCCAGUUACUCUUCUUCCGUUACUGCUGACAGUGCUCCACCAAAUCUCGAGGAACGACGUGGAAGAUCUCAAAGCAUGGCACCACCUCUAUCAAGGACAUAUGCUCUCUCUGAUAAGAGUUCCACCAGCAGUUCUAGCAGCUCGUCUCCAAACGAAGACUUUUUUAUCUCACAAAAUGUAUUAUCCACAAGUAGCAAUGACUUACUGAAUUCCUCAACGAUAGAAGAAGAGCAAACAGAGGUAUUCUUGAAUCCUCUCAGUGAAAAUGCAUCUAAGGAAAAUACUCAACAAUUUACCUCUUAUUCAGCCAAUUAUAGAGGAAAGCAUUUCCAUAGCAGUUCUUCUCCUGAUCAGUACAAGAAACGAAGUAAUAACAAGAAAUACUAUUCGAAACGAUCUAUCUCAUCGGCUUCCAAUAGCCCUCCCCAACACUAUUCAUACCACUAA